AGCAAGGCACAGAUGCAGAAAGGCUGACAUGAUGCACCAGAUGUUUCAGUAAAAAGACAGGCAAUGACAGACAGCAACAUAGAAAUUUCUACAACAAGACAAGCUCUAAGAGACAGCUACCAAAACCUGUAUAAUGUUGCUGAUUACUGUGAGAAGAACUACAUGGAGGCUCCUGAUAAACAUAAAGCUCUGGAGAAUACCAUGUCUUUAGUCACACAGACCCUGGCCAGUGUGGCCUGUCAAGUGGGCACUGCUGCCCAGCAUUUAUCAGACAUGUUGGAGAAACAGAGCCAGAGACUGCAGCAAGAGGAGGCAAGAGUCCUAUUAAUCUCUCAGUUAUUAGAUAUCCAUGUUGAAAAAGUUUCCCGGCAGAAAAUUGGGAGGAUGACAACAGCAAAGAGAUUUCAACACACAGAGAAAAUCUUGUAUCAGGAUACAAAAGGACCUUUGAAUUCAUAUACCAGAGUUCCCAUUAAUUUCACUUCCCUUGAUGACACUGGUCAUGGAAUCAAGGACACUGACACGCAGUUAUCUAAAACUGGAACUAUGUCUCGCAAAAUAACUAUGAAAUCCAUGAGCCAGACAAACAGUUCCUUGAGAAGAAGCUUUCGGGUAAAAGAACCUGUUGUUCCUCCCCUGAUACCAGAACAAAAGUUUCCAAAUUCAUUGAUUUUUCAAGGAUCUUCUCCCAAUCUCUCGGAUAUGCCUGAGAUAAAUGGUGACCACAUGCUGCCCCCACCCCCAGCACUAUUUGAAUUCGGUGACCCUCUUGCACAAGAGACUCCAUUAUUAUUAGAAAGAGCUUCUCAAUUCUCCAUCUGCAAAUCUCUACAAAAUACUGAUGAUUUCCCACCACCACCUCCUGUACCAGAAAAUACAAUUAUGAAUAAGCUGCAGCACACAGAAAACGGGAAUUUUCAAGUGACACGCCACAACGAUGGUUCUGAUAUCCAUGUUUGUACAUAUGCACAAAAUAUUGAUGAUUUUCUCCCUCCACCCCCUGCCCCUGAUUAUGACCUAACAGAUACAAUGUUGUCAGCAGAAAGUGCUUCUGCUUUAUUUGUGGGCCCCACUUCCCUGGAUGACCUCCCACCUCCUCCAGACUGCUAGACGAAGUGAUAACUAAGAAGAGCAAUGUGACAGCAGAGUAGCAGCAGUCUUUGUUCUCGUUUUAUACACAAUGCAUGUUUAGUGUAAAGGGAUUUUGUAAAAUAUUUUUCUGACAGAUAAUUAUAGUAAAAUGCUGAAUAACCAGCUGAUUUGUUUUUUAA